AGUGGACGAGACGAUGUGGUUGUACUUGUCCCUAUUUCAAAAUGAGUUAGAGGUUAUCUUCUUUUGAUGGAGAAUUUGGGUUACUCUAUCAAUGUUUCUUAAUUUGUAUACCAUAUUUAGGCUUAAUUAUUUAAUCAGUUUUAGUUUGGAUUCUGUCUCUUCAAACCAAGAUGAUCGAUGAGAGUGAUAUAACUUAUCAAUUUAUAAAUUGCACUAUUUUAAAAGACCAUAAAAUAGUCAAAGAUAACUUGUGGGUGAGAAAUGGAAAAAUCUUAAAUCCCGAAAAAGUAUUUUAUGACGAGAAAGUAAAAUCCAAUAAAAAGAUAGAUUGUCAGAAUUCCUUAAUAGCACCAGGAUUUAUUGAUAUUCAAAUAAAUGGUGGUUUUGGAGUUGAUUUCAGCCAUGAUACAGGUUCGGUUGAAGCAGGACUACAAAAAGUGGCUAAAGGUCUUCUUGCUCACGGCGUGACCUCAUUUUGCCCAACUCUUGUCACCAGUACACCUGAAGUGUAUGCUAAAGUUAUUCCAAAGGUCAAGAAGACUGCGGGAGGGAUGGACGGAGCGAGUGUGCUCGGACUACAUCUGGAGGGACCGUUUAUAAGUCCUCAGAAACAAGGAGCGCACAAUCCUAAUGCCAUCAGGGGUCUGGAUAAGGGCAUCCAAACCCUAGAUGAAGUCUACGGACCUCUUGACAAUGUUCAGAUCAUAACUUUGGCACCUGAACUUCCGAGAGCAACUGAAGUUAUAUCUAGUCUCGUCCGAAGAGGGAUCACCGUUUCCUUAGGUCACUCUACUGCAGACUUGAGACAGGGGGAGGAGGGUGCGAAACAUGGAGCCUCCCUCAUCACUCAUCUGUUCAAUGCUAUGCUGCCUUUUCAUCACAGAGACCCGGGAUUGGUCGGAUUGUUGACUACGGACAACACUCGUCCGCUGUUCUACGGUAUCAUUGCUGACGGAGUUCACACUCACCCGGCGGCUUUGAGGAUUGCGUGGAGAGCUCAUCCUAAAGGCGUGGUGUUGGUAACGGAUGCUAUAUCGGCGCUGGGUCUGCCCGAAGGUACUCACCACCUAGGUGAGCUCAGUAUACAAGUCUCGCAAGGCAAGGCGUACAUCGCAGGCACACAGACGUUAUGUGGUAGCAUUGCCAGUAUGGACUACUGUGUCCGCUACUUUCGCAAGGCUAGCGGGUGUUCAGUAGUGGAAGCUCUGGAAGCGGCGUCGCUACACCCUGCGCAAGCUAUUGGUCUGUCCCAAGUCAAGGGUUCGCUUGACUACGGUGCAGACGCAGACUUUGUCUUGCUAUCGGACGAUCUUCACGUCGACUCUACAUGGAUUGCAGGCCGCUGUGUGUACAAGGCUGGCAGUUAGAUAGACCGGAAUAUUUUUUUUAAGCCAGGGAUAGCUGGGUCAUGUUUUGAACCUACAGAAAGCUACUGCACUGUCUUUUCUCAAGAUCGAACCCGUGAUCUUUAGAUUACCAGAAUUACCACUUAGCUAUCUACAGGGUGUGAAAUAUUUAUGCUCAAGAUACUUUGUGUAGCCUAUUGUGUAAUAAGUUGCAAAUGUUUGUUACCAUUAAACUAAUAGUUACCACAUUCCAAAUAAUAUCAACGGUUUAGUUAACUACAUGAUGUAUAAUUUGUUUUUAAAUUUAAAAUCAUGCAUUUUUAUAUUUGAGAGUAAGGAUGUAACAUAGAGCACAAGUGCCUACGUUUUAAGGAUUUAAAUAAUACCUUUAUCAGCAUUGUACGUGUUAUUAAAUUUACGGAAAGUAAAUAAAAGAAACGUCUUAUAACACUUAAAACAUAUAUUUACGCUUAUACUGUUACUUACAAGACAGUAAAUAUACAAAAAAGGUGGUAAAUGGUGAUCGAUUUCGAUUUGACACUCCAAUCAUCAUCAGACCCAAUAGGCGAAACUAUUGAGAUUAAGAUUCGCCUAUUGGGUCUGAUGAUGAUUUGAGUGUCCAAUCGAUAUCGAUCACCACUUACCAUCUUUUUUGUAUAUUUACCGUCUUGUGAGUAACAGUAUGUAAUAAGCGUAAAUAUAUGUGUUAAGAAGACGUUUUUUUUUAUUUACUUUCCGUAAAUUUAAGGAUUUGCACAAGAGAUUUCACUAUUUCAGUAUUUUCUACCAACGAAGUUUUGAGUUUGGAGAAGCCAGUGACAAUAAGUCACCCUUUCUUGCAAAAAUGUGAUCUUCCAAAACCCUUGAUUUUGUAUUAUCCAUAAUCAUACCUUAUUGCGAACCUCGAUAAGUAGUCUACCUUGAUAUCAAGUCAUGUUUGAUAAUUCCCAUGAGAGAUUUCCUAUCAAGGUUCUACUGUAUUCUAGUUCUUGUUUACAAUUGUUAUAUUUUAAAAUAGUUCAGUUAAACAGGAGUAACUAAUAUUUAACUAGUACAGAAGCAAGUGUAGAAAAUAUAUACAGUUUUCCAAUCCUUCCCAGAUUGUAAGUGAAAAAUGUCAGUUAAAACUCUUAACAAUAACUUUACUUGUAUAAGCAUAUGAAAAUAUAAUAUUUAAGCUGCUAACACUGCCAUGAGUAAAUUUAAGUAAGAUGUACUAUUAAUUUGGUUUUGUAGGGUAAACUCUUUAAAAUAAUGAUAAAUAUAUACUUGUGACUUUGAUAUAACAAAUUAUAUUUUGUAUCAUUUAACUGAUAAAUUAAUAUUUAGU